GGCUAGUUGUAGGUGACAACAGAUUAAGCUAGGUAUCUUAAGGACACGCGCAAGUAAGAACAACUGGGCUUAAAUGAUGCGGUUUCUAGGUUUAAAUUUUCAAGGAAACUGAUGCAACUUUUUGUGUUCUUCCUGUGCUGGAGAGCCUCCAGAAAUUCAAAUUGUACCCACAUUUAUAGAAAUGCAUAUAGUCAUAUAUACAAGAAAUCGGAUUCAAUUAAUUUCAUUUGGGGGAUAAGAUUCUUUAUAAGGAUUACCACUCUGUUUAUAACCAUAUAUAUCCCGAGUAAGUGAACCCCUAGACAUAGACUCUUUUUCAUCAUAAGAAUUGGUAAUGGCUACACCACCAGAUCAAGCCUACAAGGAUGUUAUUCCCCUCGACUUUACCUCAGCCAAGACAUUGCCUGAUUCUUACGUGUGGCCUGAAUCCGAUGACCUCUAUUCCGGUACCGACCAGCAGUCUAUUCCAGUCAUCGACCUCAUGGAUCCGAAUGCGACACAACUCAUUAUCCAGGCGUGUGAGACAUGGGGGGUUUUCCAGUUGAUAAAUCAUGGAAUUCCUCAAAAGCUUGUGGAGGAUGUGGAGUCUCAGACUCAUAGGUUGUUUGCUCUCCCAGCUGAACAAAAGUUGAAGACUUUACGGACUCCCGGCAAGGUCAGUACCGGAUACGGUAACCCGCCGUCGCAGGCCCUGCUUCCCCGGAAACUAUGGCAGGAAGGGUUUACCAUCAUGGGGUCUCCAGCUGAUCAGGCUAAGGUGCUUUGGCCUAAUGAUCAUCAAGGGUUUUGUGAUAUAAUGGAUGAUUACCAGAAGCAAGCAAGGGGCUUAGCAGAGCAACUAAUCCGCACCAUCUUCAUAUUCUUGACAAUUAAAGUGAACUGGUUUGAUGAUCCGACUAUGUGCCAGGCUGCUCUUCAGCUAAAUUCUUUUCCUCCUUGCCCUGACCCGACUCGAGUUUUAGGUCUACCACCACACACAGACAGUUCCUUGCUUACCAUACUCCACUCCCGAACCGAGGGUCUUCAAGUCUUCAAAGGAGUUGGAUGGAUUACUGUGCAGCCUAAUCCUGAAUCACUCAUUGUUAAUGUUGGUGAUUUACUCCACAUUCUGUCCAAUGGUCGAUUCGUUAGUGUUUUUCAUCGAGCUGCGGUUGUCCAAAAGAAACAUCGGAUCUCGGUCGCCUACUUCUAUUGGUCUCCACUGGACUGCACCGUCUCCCCCCUCCUCUCCAAGAACUUUGCUGACUCUAAACAAGUUCCUAAGUAUCGAUCGGUCACAUCGAAGGAGUACCAUGUCCUAAAGGCUAAGCAUUCUCGAGAUACUCUUUCUGUUGUUAAAAUUUAA